AAACCCCCUCCCCCGCUGUGAGGGCGCGGGGCGGGGCUCCGGCUUGUGUAGUACGUGUGCUUCCCAGCAGUUAGCUUGCGGCUAAGCGAGGCUACAGCUGAAGUGAGAAUCAUGGUGCUGCUUGAAAACGACUCGUUCCUCACAGAGCUCACGCGACUCUUCCAGAAGUGCAGAACAUCCGGCAGUGUCGUCAUCACACUGAAGAAAUAUGACGGCAGGACCAAACCAGUGCCCAGGAAAGGAAACACGGAGUCGUUUGAACCUGCAGACAACAAGUGUCUCAUCCGAGCGUCUGAGGGCAAGAAGAAAAUUAGCACAGUGGUCAGCACCAAAGAAGUAAUCAAGUUUCAAAUGGCGUACUCCAAUCUCCUUAGAGCUCACAUGGAUGGACUUAAGAAGAAAGACAAGAAAAGCAAAAGCAAGAAAACCAAAGCCACCCAAUGAGCAACAGACUCUUUAAAACAUGACCUUGGUUAACCUACACUGGCCUGUACGAUCAGUGGGGGGGUAAUGGGAACAGCCUCAUUCUACACGAUCAUCCAAGGCCUCAGAAUCACUGUUCAUCCACCCGGUGACUGCUUUGAUAACACGCCAUUGUUUGCAUGGUAACGUCUCAUCCCUGGCGGUUCAGUGACAUCGCUGAUCUGGAGCAGGAUACGUGAGGAUGUCUCGAAACUUAUAGCAAGAUGAAGCAGGUCAACCGUAGUGAAUCUCCGCGGCCCAGCUUCAGAAACCAGGUCAUCAGCAGCCGUGUCACCUCUGGAGCCCAAUCCACGGAGCCUAAUGAUUAACUGCCUUUCAUACUAUUUAAUUGUUAAACGUCCCUAUUUAUGUUGUAUUGCAAGCUCACCUGUGAGCUGCCUUGGCAUCUAUCAAUUCGGCUAUUUCUUGAAGGAUUUUAGAUUUUCACAUUAUUUAGAUUAUGAUUUUCACGCUUUGAAAUUUCAGCAUGGGUCCACAGCGAUACAGAGCUAAAUUUAAUAAGGUUUUGUUUUUAUUUUGACAAACUUCGAUGUAUUACAUCUGGCUGGAUUUGUUUGAGGGGAGAUGAAAUAGUAUUUUAUGUUUUUAUUUCACUUGUAAUAAUGGGCCCCCUUGUUUUUGAACCAUGUCAUGCCAAGCUUUCAAACUGGAGGGAAAUAAAACGUACAGUAUGGCUUCAGUUAAUCUUAUUAUUUGUAAGUAUAAUUGUAGUCCUUUUUGAGUUAUGAAUACAGAGACACAGUACUGGCUGUAAAUCUAAUAAUAAUUUCAGUUUAUCACAAUUAACAAUGCAGGUUGCGCCGCAGCCAUGACACUCUGUUGCCUCGCCCUGCUCCCGAGUCCAGAUCUCAUGGAAGAGGACCGCAGCAGAAGUUGCGUUUUCAGAAAUAAAGUGCAUUGUUAAAAACUCA